CCCGUCCACACGCGUGUUUUGCGCGUUGCUUCGGGGUUUUACGCGCGCGUGUGCGGGGGCGCAGUGUGCAGGUGUUACUCGCGUCGGAUAGACAAGAAAAUUAGCCUUCCGUCCAGGGUCAGCCUCGGAGGAAACGGCUCACUUGAUGUCACCAGAGCAGUCCUCCGAAUCACCGGAUCCGAGGAAUAGCUCUUGUGUGUGCACAAGUGUCUCCUGAAGAGCCUGAGAGCAGAUGUGUGGUCAAGACUGUUUUGCAAGAGUGACAAAAAGUUGAAACCUCCGCUGUCUACAGAGUGUUGUAUGCAGGGUGAACCUACAAAACUCAAUCAUAAUGUCUAAAAGGUCUCACGAUGAGUCUGAAGGAUUGGAUUCAGUUGUGGAACAGCCUAUAAAAAAGCAUACUCUGGAUUCUGAUGAAGAAGAUGAAGCUGACAGCAAGAAGUACAAUCUGAUGGACCCGGAGGAGAUUGAAGGGGAAGAAGAUGCCACAAUGACAAAAGAUGGUGACAUACAGAUUACACCUUUUAACAUGAAGGAGGAAAUGACAGAGGGUCAUUUUGAUGCUGAAGGCAAUUACUUUUGGAAGAAGGAAGUUGAAAUUCGUGAUGCCUGGCUUGACAACAUUGAUGAUGCCCAGCAAUACCACGAUGAAGAGCAAAAGGAUGGGUCCGACGAUGAGUCCUCCGACGAUCAGGGGGACGCCUUGAAGGACUCGGACAAGGCUGCCAUCUAUGAGCAAAUGCUCGAGCUGAUGGAGCCCAACGAAUCUGUGGCCAAGGCGCUGCGGCGGCUGGGUGGCAACAAGGCGCGCCACUCGGCGGCGGCACGCUGGCGGCAGAAGCGGGCCGCGGCGGCGGGGGCGGCCGAGCCGGCGGACGCGGCGGCCGGACGCGAGCGGAUGGAUCGACUGACCGGCCUGGCCGACCGGCUGCUCAGCGCCGGCCACAUGGAGGUGUACCAGAUGACCCGGGAGGCGGCCGCCCACCAGCUGGAGCAGCUGCGCCGGCCGGUCGCCGACCGGCUGCAGGGCGCCACCGAGGAUGACGCUCUCGACAUGUUCGGCGACUCGCUGGACCAGCAGCCGGCCGCGCCGGCGGCAGCGGCCGGCGAGCCCACGCCGGACACCGGCGGCGCUGGCCCGCCGCCCGCCACCGACAACGGUAAAACGGCGCCCGACAACUCCGCAGAUCAAGAGGCCGGCGAUGCGGUCACUUGGGAGUUCAAGUGGGAGGCGUCUGAGGACGCCGAGGUGCACGGACCGCACACGUCGGCCGAGAUGAACGCCUGGAGCGAGAGCGGCUACUUCAGCGACGCGGUCCUGGUGCGCAAGACGGGUACCGCUGCCUUCUACCAGGCCAAGCGGGUCGACUUCGACCUUUACAUCUAGGCGCUGACGGCUGGCGCGGUGCGGCUUCCCGAUCCCAUCCUGCUGCGGCAGGCGCACGCCUCCGAAUGUGUGCUGUACGCACAGUUUGACUUGCGGAGCGUGCGGCACCACGGGCGCCAUCUUAGCUCGGCCGGACAGGAACCCACGGGUGGAGCGGCGUUGCCAGCCUGAUUCCGGGCAGACGUACCCGCAGCCAUGUGUCUCGCAGCCAGCUAGGCAGGGAGACCAUCGUCUCCGUGGCGGGCCCCGUACGCUGUCUUGUGCUGCCCCAAACCGCGUAGCUUGGUGUCAAGUGUUAGUCCUGGCCGGCGAUGGCGCGUGGGCGGCAGCAGCGGGCCGAGCCAGCGGCUGGGCCGUGGCGGUAAGAUGUGCUCGUUGCAGUGUUUUCGUUUUGUAACGAUGCGGACUGUUGGAACAGAAGCGUGUUGGUCGUGAAAUGGUACCACCAGCUAGGAUUUGGAUUCUGUGUAUGACCUUUGAAAUCUCACGCACACACUGCUUGUUUACCGCGUCACCUUUGUUCUGGUGACACAAUCCAAAUUAUGAUAAUAAGAGCAAACGUCGUGUGGUCGUUAUAUAUCAGCAGAUGUGCUGAUGAUGCGGUGAUGUUAUCGCACAAUUCAUUGACUGAAAAACCUGAACAACUGCUGAAGUGACUUAAAAUAUGAGACCUGACUUUGUUCUUAAGUCAGGACAACAUGGCAGAUAGCAUGGAGCGACGUGACAUGCGCAAGGAUUCGUGACAAUACAUGAAAUAUUUCCACG